UAGAGAUAACACGUGAAAUGGUGAACUUUAUCAGUGAGGGACGUAUGCGCUGAAAUAAGCUUUUAUUUCGUGUAAUAGGACACAGUAAAACACUUACAUUAUUACAUCAAUUAAAUGUGCAUUAUUUUUACUCUGAACAGGUUACAUAAAUUGCAGACUAACAACAUGGGGGCGUGCCGAGUCAUAUCCUUUGUCGGCUUUUACUUUCGGUUGCAUGCCUUCUCUGGAAAGUCCGGGCAUUUCUUAUAAUCGAGAUAACUACAAGUUACAGUGGAUAAGAAUAAACAGCGUAAGAGGACAGAAUUCUGUCAAGUCACUCCUUUUUCCAAUACCGUGCCGUUCCGGGAUGCAGAAAAUGUCGUACUUCUCGCCACUACUCUAUAUAUUGGCGGAUAUGUGUGUGGUUCAAGGUGUUCGCCAUGCCCAGCUGUCCUCGUUCCUUAUCCCGCGUCCUUUCGUGGUCCUGUGGGCUGGGGGGCUGCUCCGAGCUGGUGCCCAACUCUUUCUCACUUACACCUACCCUGGCACCCUGCCCUGGAUGAAGACCCUUGAAGGGGUGCAGACCCAGUGUGUUCUCAGCUUGUUGUCUCCAGCGUACAUCACCUUUCUCUGGGCCGUUGGGCAGUCAACUGUGGAGCUACUGUGGGGAUGGCAUUCUUGGGAAGCGUUACUACAGAAUUAUGUGGUGGUGGCUGUGUCCCUGCUGUACUGGACCCGUUAUAUGCCAAACAUUCUCUCGGAGAAGACACAAAAACCUACCAAAAAGAAUGGGGCCUCUCUGCAAAGGUUGCUGGGAUACAUGAGGCCAUACGCCUGGCGUUUCACUGCAGUCAUCUCCUUAGUUAUUGCUUCCUCGUUGGGUGAGAUGGCCAUUCCACACUAUACGGGCAAGAUGACUGAUUGGAUCAUGAAUGAAGACGAGCCUGAGGCCUUUUCUCAUGCCAUAAAAGUCAUGUCAUUGAUCACCAUCAUGAGUGCGUUGUGUGAGUUUGUGUGCGACCUCAUAUACAAUAUCACCAUGAGCAGUAUCCACACAUUCAUCCAGGGCCUGGUCUUCAAGUCAGUGCUCAAACAGGAAAUCGCUUUCUUUGACAAGUCAACUACAGGUGAUAUCGUGUCGCGAAUCACAACGGACACCAACACCAUGAGCGAGUCCUUGAGUGAGAAGCUGAGUUUGUUGAUGUGGUACUUCUGGAGGGUCAUCUUCCUGUUCUGCUUCAUGAUCAACCUCUCCUGGAAACUGUCGCUCUUCACCUGCAUGGGCCUGCCCAUCAUCUGGGUCAUUCCACAGAUCUCCGGAAAGUUCUAUCAGCAACUGUCAAAGGACGUCCAAGAGUCUCUUGCCAAAGCCAAUGACGUUGCCAUAGAGACGUUCUCCUCCAUGAAGACGGUGCGGAGCUUUGCCAAUGAGGACGGGGAGGCGGAGCGGUACAAUAAGAGGCUGCAGGAGACCUACUCCCUCAACAAGAAGGAAGCAGCAGCCUAUGCAGUCUCCACAUGGACCAACAGUAUGUCCAGUCUGGCUCUGAAGGUCAGCAUCUUAUAUUAUGGUGGACGCCUGGUGACGGGAGAUGAUGUCAGCAGUGGAGACCUGGUGUCCUUUGUCCUGUAUGAGUUGCAGUUCAGCAGUGCGGUGGAGGUGUUGAUGAAUUACUACCCUCAUGUGAAGAAGGCCAUUGGUGGCUCAGAGAAGAUAUUUGAGUAUGUGGAUCGAAGUCCUGAGAUUCCACCUGAUGGGACUUUGGCACCGCAAAAACUAAAUGGAAAUGUGGAGUUCCAGAAUGUUACCUUCUCUUAUCCAAAGAGGCCAGACACAGCUAUACUUAAGGGGCUGUCCCUGCAGCUGAAGCCUGGCCAGAUGACGGCGCUGGUGGGGCCCUCUGGUGGUGGGAAGAGCACCUGUGUGAAUCUGCUGGAGAGGUUCUACCAGCCGGAGCAGGGAUGCAUCCUGCUGGAUGGAGAGCCACUGCUCAGCUACAAGGACCAGUACCUGCACCAAAAGAUAAGUGUGGUGUGUCAGGAGCCCAAGCUGUUUGCUCGCAGUCUGAAGGAAAACAUCAAAUAUGGCAAAGAGGACGCCACCGAUGAGGACAUGAUACAGGCAGCCAAAAGUGCCUAUGCCCAUGACUUCAUCACCAAGCUGCAGGACGGCUACGACACAGAUGCUGGCGCCAAAGGAGACAGGGUCUCUGGUGGUCAGAAACAGCGCAUAGCCAUCGCUAGAGCCCUCAUCGGGAAGCCCAAAAUUCUUGUGCUGGAUGAUGCGACCAGCUCACUGGACACGAAGAGUGAAGAAUGUGUCUUCGAGGCUCUGGCUGAGAUGAGGAAGAAGCAGCAGUGCUCCGUGCUGCUGAUCGCCCAUCGGCUGAGCGCCGUGGAGAAGGCCGACCACAUCGUCUUCCUCCAGGACGGGGAGGUCAAGGAGGAGGGCACCCAUGACCAGCUGGUCCAGAUAGAGGAGGGUCUGUACGCCGAGUUUGUGAAGAAGCAGAACACCGCCAUCCAUCGCAACGCCGGGGAGGGGACGAUUUGUGAGGAGCAAGAGGCCUCAUCGCCUUAAGUCUUAAGGGAAACUGGGAUUUUUUUUACCUGGGCCCUAUUUUCACUAGGGACAAAAACGAUCGAGAUCGGCCCAGUAUUGAGUUAGAAUGCUAUAACCGGCUAUACAAUGUAUGUGCUUACCUCAAUAACUGGAAGGAAACUGUAGAACAGAUGCUUGCCCCAUGGGAUUAGUUUGUAUAGCCGUUUUGUGGUUGCUGGUUAUAGGGUUCUAACUCAAUACUGGGUCUAUUCCGAUCAUUGAUUGUCCUUAUUAAAACUUUAGACCCAAAAAGAUCUAAAAUUAGGUCCCAGGUUGAAAAAUCCCAAAUGUCACUGGUCAAAAUGUCUCUCUUUCACCAUAAGGACAUACUAUGUUGAGAUGAGUUAAAAUGUCUCUCUUUCACCAUAAGGACAGACUAUGUUGAGAUAAGUUAAAAUGUCUCUCUUUCACCAUAAGGACAGACUAUGUUUAGAUGAGUUUCGUUUGAUGAUGCUUUGGAGGCCAAAUACUGUAAUUUGUCACGCCACAAUUGGUAUUUUAAUUCCAUUCUUAUUCUUGACUUUACUUUUUAUUGAAACACCAGUGUACAAGGGCAUAUAGUAUAGGUAUGCUAUAAUAACAUGAAACCUUCUAAUGGCAAGCAUUGCCCGUUUCAUUGUCUGUAGUGCUAUAGAUUAAAGACCAGAAAUGCCAGUUCUCACGUAAUAUUAAACAGUUUAGUCCUCCUGAGCACUCCUAAAGCCUUUGAGCACCCAUAAAGCCGUAUUAUUUGAGGAGUCUAAGGUUAAGAUAUUUAAGGAAUCUAAGAUGUGUAUAUAUUUAAUUGGAUUUUGUAGAUAGUUUCUCCACACCACUUCAGCAAUUGUGACAGCGACCAUUAUUCAGGCCUAACAGACCAUUUUACAACCUUUUCCGUGUCAUUCCCAAUAAAUGUGUUUUCUAAAAAAAAA